UUUAUGUUAAUGUGACAUUCAUUACAGUUCAGCUCAAGCACAUACAUCAAUAGGGCCACAUUUAAGGCAACGGAUUAGCACCGCCCCCAACCAGCCAAGCCAGAAAUAGGAAAAGGAACCAAACCAAAGAUGGCCCAGCUGUCUCAAAUGACGCGUUACAUCACCAACUGGCUGGGCUGGAUGCCAGCUGCAACCACAAACCUCGAUGGCUGCCUGUCGUCCUCGAAGAACAAAGAUGAAGAUGCCUCAUUUCCACAGGAGUCAUCCGGAUUUCUCACCGUAAUGGCAAUCUAUCUGGCCAUGACCAUUGUCCUGGCGGCUGUGAAUUUCUAUACAGCCAAUGGUAAGGACAAGGCUAUCAAAGAACCAAAACGAUUCAAGAACAAGCGGAAACUGACUUCACAACAGCAAGAAUAUCAACAUCAACAUCAACAUCAACAUCCACAACAGCAGCAGCAACUUCAACGUCCAUGGCGUUACAGCUCCACGGGCAUGGCCCUGAUCAGGCUAAUCCGCCAGCUGGGCAGUCCCAAAUGUUCGAGACAUCAACUACGUCUGCGCCUCCGGAUGCGAUUGCGCCGGCAUUUGGAGCAGGAGCUAAAGCUGGUCAGGGAACUGGAGCAGAAGGGGUCACAGCUGGGCCAGUUGGGCGGUCAAAAAGCCGAGGAAGUCAAUAGUUCCACCUACUUCGAUCCGCAUUCCGAUACCGAGCCAUGAAAUUCACACAUACACCAAGUGCAAACCAAAUUAUAUAUAGUGCUAAGCCAAACCUCCAAGAAAAAUAGAUAAGAUAAGAUAUAUGUGUAUUUAUAGAGAGCUACA